AUGGAGAAAGCACGCGGCACACCGUCUACAGCUAGUGAUGGGAAAGCGUCGACAGAUCGUGAUGGCGAGGUAUACAAGGUGAGCAUACGCAUUCCACCUUUUUGGCCUGAAGAACCGGAGAUUUGGUUCGCCCAAGUGGAAGGACAAUUCGCUAUUAAUAGAAUAACCAGUGACCAGACUAAAUUUAAUCAUGUUAUUAACCAACUGGACAAUCAGUACUCGAAAGAGGUAAAAGAUAUUAUUAUAAAACCACCAGCGGAAAAUAAAUAUGACACAUUAAAAGCGUUGCUCAUUAAGCGAUUAACUGAGUCGAAUGAAAAGAAGCUUAAGCAAUUACUCAUGCAUGAAGAGCUCGGGGAUCGAAAACCGUCCCGCUUUCUUCGACAUUUACAAAGUCUCGCCGGAUCCGAUGUUCCAGACGAUUUUCUGAAGACCAUAUGGAUCAGUCGUCUCCCUUAUGGCAUUCAGACAGUACUUGCAGGUCAACCAGGUACAACUUCGCUUGAAGAUCUGGCUGAUUUGGCGGAUCGAGUCAACGACUUAUCUACGACGUCUCCAAAGGUCGCCUCCGUGAGUCAAGAUAAUCCCAGUUCUGUAAUCAGUGAUUUGACACGGGAAGUAGCCGAACUUCGGAGGCAAUUCCAGAAGCUGGCAUCCCAGAGAAGUGGAAGAUCUAGGUCCCGAACUGCUCGACCCCGUAGCGGAUCAUCUUCAAGACAACGGUCACAGUCCAACUACCGAAAAUAUCCACUUUGUUGGUACCACGCCAAGUUUGGAGACAGGGCCAGCAAAUGCGUCCGCCCCUGCGAUUAUAAGUCGGAAAACUCGAAGGGCAGUCGAGAUAACCCGACCAGCUGGUACGCAUCGGACUAUCCCUCACAACAAUGUACACCACAUACGUACGACAUCAGGGCCUCCAGUUUCCUCACCGCCUCGUCGCCUCGCUCCUGA